UGGCCUGUUUUACAAGAUCUCAGCAGUAAUGAGGGGGAGCAGGACGAUAGAGGUCUCUGGUUCAAUGGUGGAAUUAGACCUAUUUCAUUUUUAUUUUUGCACUGAACCUCCUGCUUCUGGCACGAGGCUAUAAUGAAUGACAUUCUGCUCACAGAACGGUAACACAUGUGUUGGAAGCAGAAGCAGUGCAAACUUACUGUGCUGAGAAGGGUUAAAUUCAGAAAGAGGACACUGGAGUCCAUUAUGAAUUUAACCCAAGGAACUGGUGUUUAGAAUGUAAAGGUGCUUAGUCACACGUCAGUGUAAUAACUGAUCUGUGAAUAGUCUUCACAUUGUGAAUUAUUGUUUGUAUCUGUGUGAAACUGACUUUAAUGUAUCUGGGGGAAGGAAAGUAAUCCUUCUCUUUGCAUGGAAGAGGAAGAUGGAGAGGACUGAUUGGUAAGAAUCUUUGUGGAUAUGCCAAACUUCCUUAGCUUCCUGAGGAAGCAGAUGCAUUGUAGUGCUAUCUUGACCAUCAUGUCAACAUGUGUGGACCAGGACAGAUUUCUGGUGACCACCGCUCCCAGGAGCUGAAUGCAGUCAACCACCUCAGCACCAUUGAUGCAGAUAGGGGUGUGCCCUCCACUCUGCUUCCUGAAGUCAGUGACCAGCUCCAUCAUUUUGCCGAUGUAAAUGAAGAGACUCUGAGGUUCUCCGGAAGAGUCACUCAAUCUGAAACAUUAACUCUGAGCUCUUCACACGCUGGUUGCCAGACCUGCUGAUCUUUUCCAGUAAUUUCUGUUUUUGUUGUUGUUGAUGGAAAGAUGGGUGUCUUUUACACCUUUGUGCUAAGCACCGCCCAUUUCAGAGCGAUGUUGUGGCCUCAGAUGAGAAUUUGGAAGUACUGCAGACAUUUUUAACUUGUGAUUCCAACAUGUGUUUCUUGAGGGAUCCGAUACAGGCUGUUUAUGUAAAUCUGCCUGACUAAGGAACAGCUUGUAAUUUCAAGAAAAAGCCUGUUGGACUGUAACCUGGUGCCACGUGAUUUCCGACUUUGCCCACCCCAGUCCAACACUGACACCUCCACAUCCUAAAUUUGAAUGGCUGACCGGAGAGAGGGGGAUGUACACAAUGUCAUGUCGAUGCAUGCAAAGGGAACUUCAAACAGCAGUCACGUCAAAUAGAUUGGACUGAGAUUGGCUAUGUCUGAAAAGAUAACGCAGGGCUGACAGCAAACCACUCCCGGUAGACUAUGUCUCAAACUGCAGACAUGUUGUGAGUUUUUAAUCUUUUUUUUUCAAAAAUACGUAAGGACAAUGGUUAGAAAGCCAGUUUCAGCUUUACUGAGGUGUGCUGGUGAGCCUGAACAUUCGCAUAUGUACCAGCCUGGAUUCAAGCAUUAGCAUUCUGUGAAGGGCAUGGUUGAAGAAUAGUGUCGUAAGAACGUAAGAAGCAGGAGUGGCAGUAGGCCAUCUGGCCCAUCGAGGCUGCUCUGCCAUUCAGUAAGAUCAUGGCUCAUCUUUUCAUGGUCUCAGCUCCACUCACUCACCCAUUCAUAUUUGCCCUCGAUUCCUUUACUGUUCAAAAAUCCAUCUAUCUUUGCCUUGAAAACAUUAAGCAAGGCAGCCUCAACUGCUUCACUGGGCAGGGAAUUCCACAGAUUCGCAACCCUUUGGGUGAAGGAGUUCUUCCACAACUCAGUCCUAAAUCUGCUUCCCCUUCUUUUGAGACUAGUUUUACUUGCCAGUGGAAACAACUUCCCUGCUGCCAUCUUAUCAAUUUCCUCCAUAAUUUUAUAUUUUUCUAUAAGAUCCCCUCCAGCCCACCAUCGUUCUUCUAAAUUCCAAUGAGUAUAGUCCCAGUCUACUCAAUCUUUCCCCAUAAGCCAACCCUCUCAACCCUGAAAUCAACUAGUGAACCUCGUUUGCAACUCCUCCAGUGCCAGUACAUCCUUUCUCAAGUAAGGAGACCAAAACUGUGCACACCACUUGAGUACACCCUCUCUGAUGAAGGGUCUAGGCCUGAAAUGUCAGCUUUCCUGCUCCUAAGAUGCUGCUUGGCCUGCUGUGUUCAUCCAGCUCCACACCUUGUUGUCUCGGAUUCGCUGGCAUCUGCAGUUCCGAUUAUCUCUGUUCAACUACCAACUUCAGUGCUUACUAUAACCUCACUGCAACAUACUAGUAUCCACUCUUCACAAAUAAUUCCAAAACUAUUUGUUCUUUUUUAGAAACUUUUAUCUUUUUGGACUUGCAUAAGAGGUAUCUGCACUGCAUUCACAUUCUUUGUGAACUAGAGAGAGCCUGGUUAAAUUGACUCCUUUUAAAACACAGGUUUACGUGCACCGGGAGAAAGUUUUUCCACAAGAGCAGAGAUCUUUUCUAAAUUAACCUUGCUGCAACCAACUGUGAAUACAGUCGCAGUGAGAAAAGAAAGGGGGUCAGUUUACCACAUCCCCAAAACCCAGGGUUUGGUGUAUCCCAUCUGGAACUGUGAUGAAUUGGGAAACCUCACCUGGCAUCUGCUUGUAACACAGUCUUUCAGUCUGAAUCUAAUCUAACCUUCAAUGGAAAAAGGAGUCUUUUGACUUUGGUGUAUUUGAUAACCAGGAAUUUCCAAUAUUCUCAUGUCUGUCUUUUUUCAUUCACAGAAUGAGGGCAUCGCUGGCUCGGCAGCAUUUUUGCCCAUCCCUAAUUGCCCAGAGGCAACCACAUUGCUGUGGGUCUGGAGCCACAUGGAGGCCAGACCAAGUAAGAAUGGCAGUUUCCUUCCCUAAAGGACAUUAGUGAACCAGAUGGGUUUUUCCGACAAUUGGCAAUGGAUUCACAGUCAUCGUUAGAUUGUUAAUUCCAGAUAUUUUACUGAAUUCACAUUCCACCAACUGCUGUGACGCGAUUCGAACCCGGGUCUCCAGAACAUUACCUGGGUCUCUCUGGGUUAAAAGUCCAGCGAUAAUACCACUAGGCCAUUGCCUCCCCAGUUAUUGACCAGUUAUUUCCGAAAAACUGAAACUUACUUGUGAGCUGCUGUACUGUUAAUUUUAGUAGACUGAAGAUUCAGUCAACUUGUUUGGGUACCGUAGGAUUUUUAUCAUCUUCUCUGCAUUGUCACAGUAUCAUGUUCUGGAAUUGCUGCCAAGCUGCUGAUGCCUUGACACUGGCAAAAGAUUCAAGCAUACCUUAGGGUGCUCCUCCUUCCAGUUCCUCUGUUCCUCUUUGUCGAGAAACAUUCGACACCUCAUCACUUAACAGAGCUGGAUCCUAGAAUUCUCUCCAGCAAAUAGUGGAUGUGGACAUCGUUCCAAUGGCCGUCCUUUGGUUUGAGGGAGUUUUGAUGUUGCAGUCCAUUUUGUACAAGGCCUGGACAGACAUCACUGCAGGUUCAACAUCACUGCUCAUUAUAGAGGAGCUAAGGUAAAGUCACCAUAGUCUCAGAGGGCUGCUCUCCCAUUAGAGAGAGGCAACUGAUAGUGGUUAAACCUCAGGGCUAUCACACCUCAGGUGAGGGGAGAGAUUGAGAAAGAGUCCUUCAUUGUAACCUUAUCCAGUGUAAUAUUUGAACCCAUGCUGUUGGUAUUGCACUGCAUCACAAACCAGCUGUCCAGCAACUGACUGGCAUUGGGAAACAUGUACAUAGGGGGUGGGUUGUAACUUUAGUUUAUUGCCUGAUCCUUACAUUGCUGCCAACGCCAGAGACUGAGAUUAAAUCAGCUAAGGAUACUGACCAAGUAGCUGGUGCCCCUGCCUCUGAGCCAGAAGGUCUGUGUUCAACACUCCUCCUGGGCCUUGAUGGUGAAGGAAGUGCACAAUGUACCCAAACUCAUUGAGUGUCUUGACCUGCUAAUCCUUCCAAUAUUUGUUGAUGGCAGGUGAUAAUCGUGGGAGAAAUUCCUAUGGCCAAGUUGCUCAAGAAAGUUGGAACCUCUACUGUCGCGAUCUGUAGCUUGAGAUUGCAACAUACUGUGGCAGCAUGCAAUUUUCAUACUCUGUGUGACACCACUACUAGAUUCAGUUCCUCUUUUGUUUUAGUAUACAGACAUCUAACCAUCACUACUUCAUACUCCUAACAUUAUAUUUUGUAAUUUCUCGAGUGAAUGAUGUUAGAGUGCCAAGCACAAACAUAUUACUCUGUUGAGAAAGUAUCUUUACAACCAACAUCACCUCUUGUCAGUAUUUUGCAUUUUAAUCCUUAGGCAUCCAGUUUCAUCAGAGGAUUCAAAGGAGCCAUUUGGAUCCAGUGGAUGGCAUAAAUGUAGGAAUUUUGGAUUGUGCACAACCUGGAGUUUUACUUAAGAUGGCAAACAAGAAUUCCACUGGACGUGACUCUCAGCUUCAAAAACCAGUUUGUGAAAAAAUGUCUGUAACUAACUCUUCCCCCUCAGCUUGGUGUCCAAACGUCAAUUUCAACAUGAGCCAGGUUUCCUGUUACUUUGCUGUUAACAGCAAACCGAUAAGUGUUGAGCACACUAUUAUCUGCUAAUUAAUCUGUGUUUUCUUUUAAAAAUGCACUGUUCUGUAUUUGUCAGUUCCUUUCUGAUCUUGAUCUAUUAAGAAGUGGACCUUUAACUGCAUAAGAAAGUCAGGAAGAGAGCAGAAUAAAAUGAUUUAACUCAGAUCUUCCAUAUGCAUUGAAAGCACAGAGUAUUUUUUCACCUUCGUUAUAAGGAUUGUGUUUAUUUUUAACUAACCAUAAGAAGAAGGUUUACGCUGAGCACCAUACCAACACAAAAUGCUGGAGAAAGUCAGCAGCCUGGCAGUGCCUGUGGAGAGAGAAAGAGAAUAAUUGUACAACACCGGUAUAGCUCCUGUACAGAGUUUUGCUGUCAGAUCUGCUGAAUUGCUGCAGCUUUUGCAGAUUGUUUCAGAUUCCCAGCACCCACAGCACUUCAUCCUGAAGCUGAGCACUGUAAAGACAUACCAGUGGGAAGAAAGGUGAGUGACUUUGCAGUGAAAGAGUUACAGGUAGAGUACUGAGACAACGGGCUCACAUGCAGUGAAGAGUUCCUGGUGGUGUUCUUGACAUUUUUGCUCAGAUUUGUCUUGUGACAAAAACCAGGUCAGAGUUUGCUGUGGAAACUCUAAAUCUGCACUGUGUCCCUGGGAAGACUUGCUCAGUCAGAGGAAGUAGGUCAUAGGCUCUGUUUCCAUGCCCUAUGGCUUUGGCUUUUCAAUCCAAGUAGUCCAUGCUGACCAUGUUCCCAACUGAACUAGCGCCACCUGCCUGCGUUUGGCCCAUUUCACUCCAAACCUUUCCUAUAAAAGACCUUUGGAAAAGAUCAUUAAAGUAUUGUGACCGUACCUGCAUCUACCACUUCCCCUGGCAAUUCAUUCCACACACUAACCACUUUGUGUAAAAAAAAAAGUUGUCCAUCAGGUGAUUCAGGAGAAUGCUGCUCAUGAUGAUUAUCCUUGUAAUGAACAUGAAGAAACAACUUCAAUAGUUUUCCAUAGCAUGAUUUAAUUGUCUUUCUUCAAGUUAGUCAGAAUUGUUUAAUUUGUGAAAUUGCUGCAGGGAUACAAACUCCACUGGAUGUGAGCAUGGAGUUUUGAUGUGAGCAAAAGAACCCACCGAAAGAACACCUGAAGAGUUCAGCUUGAAUGACAACUGACAACUGGGCCUCAGGCUUUGCUACUUUUCAUCCAUUUGCCUGCUUGUUGCAGCUCUCCCAGUAACAGUGGAUCAUCAAAGGAUUCUAACAAAGGAAGCUGAGAAUUCCAGUAUUCCUGUUUUUAUUUCAUACUUCCAGCAUGCCAGGCCUUUUCGUGUGAAGCCAAGUACUGUGGCUGUGAAGAAAUUAAUGAAGAUAUGCCUGUGAACAGACUCCUACUGAAUAACUUAACAACCUCCACCACACUCUACUGCAAAGAGAAAUGUAGCCCAUGUAUACGUGUCCAGCUGACUGUGUCCCUGGCAGGGGAAAGUAAAUGGAAUCGGUGUGGAAGUGGAAGCAUGUCCAGUAAACACAAUGACUCUGACUCUGAAGUAGAUGAAGAAAGUGAGGAUGAAGAAUAUAAUGAAGAUUUUGAGUUGAUAUAUCUUUCCUCAUAUCAGCAAAUUGGGGGGAUAAACAGAUGUGCACAGCUGAAAGUUCGAUUCCAUCCCACUGAUCGUGAAUUCAAAAUAUCAUCAGGAUCUAUACCAAUGGGUACCGUGGAGUUGAGAUGCUUUCAGGCAUACUUGAGCAGUAAUGUUUUAAUUAAAGCCUUCCCAAAACAUGAAAACCAAAAGGAUUUGCAGCAGACACAUAAAGUCGAAGAUUGUACCUUGAAAGAUUUUCUGGAGAACAUAACAUGGUGCAAGGUUCCAAAUAUAAAUACUACACUUGAAAACAAGACACAAAUGGCUGUGAUCAACAUACCUGAGAAUUCCUACAUGUUGUUCAAGUAUAAUGUGACACCACUGUUUGUAAGCACCAACCCACUAUUUGCUCAUAAAUUGGAAGUGACCAAAGUACACCUUAACUUCUCAGACAUCGUCCCUUGUUUGUGUGUGCAGGCAUGGUCAGCAACAAUCGAAGAUGCCAGGCGGGCUGAAGAAUGCCCCUUUUCUAAGUAUAAGCAAUUUCAAGAAAACAUAUGGCAGCUGAGCAGCCUGGCAGUGGAAUACAAGGGGAAAGCACUUCAGUGGACAUUUUCGUCACCAUGCAACACUGUGGGGCAGAUCUCCCUAUGUUCAAAGACAGGAGAUACAGAUGCACCAUGUCAUGAGAUCCCUCACUCCAGGCAGGCAAUUCAAAUUAAUAAAUUGAAUGAGUUCAAAAGUGUGGAUCCACACCCCUCCCUCUGCAUAAAGAUUAUCUCUGGGGAUCAUGUAAAUUUGAGUUGCCCUUUUGAUUCUGAUCAUUCGCUCCUGUGGAAAGUAGAGUCUAAAGUGAAGCACAGGAACGUCACCUUGACUAUACUUCAUGGAAUAAAUGAAAUGAACUUCUCGAUCUGCACAGUGAAAGAAAACAAGUGUGAUCAUUUCCCGCAGAACAUAAAAGUUAUUAACGAGCAAAUGAAGCAACUGAAUCUUGUUUCACAGGACUGCUUUCAGGUCUGGCGAUCAGAUGUGCAGUUCUCACCCAGAAUCACCAUUUGCCCCUUUGAUAUCUAUUUGAUGAUGCCUUGCUUGUUUGCAGAUGCCAGAGCUCGAUGGACUCCAUUGCUGGUAUCAUUUCUGGUACUUGUUACGAUUGUGAUUUUCAUGAUUACCAUCAAGACCCAGAUACUGAAAGGUUGCAUAAAGGUGAUCAAAUUUAAACCCACUGCAACAGUUGCAGAUUCUUCAACCAGUAGGAAGGUUCUUCUUCUAUAUUCACUGGAUUACAAUCUGUUUGAAAAAUUGAUUAACACUCUUGCGUCAGUCUUGUGUGAACUUAAAUUUCAAGUAGCUGUGGAUCUAUGGAAACGUAGAGAACUGGUUGACCAAGGUCCCCUGCCAUGGUUCCAUUCCCAGAAAAAUAAAGUUACAGAAGAAGGUGGGAAAAUCCUCAUUGUCUUCUCCAAGGGUGCCAGUAUGAAAUGUAACGAAUGGUUCCAGUCCUCUGAAGGCAUCAAAACCAUGCAUGACCCAUACGAUGGAUUUAUGGCUUCCUUGAACUGUGUUCUCCCUGAUAUCAUAAAAGGAAAUGUUUUUGAGAGGUACGUUGUUGCAUACUUUGAAGAUUUGCAGAAGAAGGAAGAUAUACCAGAUAUAUUUAACAUAAUGCCAAUAUACGGUUUACCAUCACAACUUCCUGAGUUCCUUCAGGAGAUUGGGGUACAGGCCAAUGUUAAAUCUGUGCAGAAACCCACCAUCUGUCAGUCAACAAUUAGUAACCGUCUGGACAGUGCGAUUAAGGAGUGCCAGCUAUGGGAACAAACUCACAUGCCCUGGUGCCAGGACCAUUGCAAAUUAGAGUUGACUUCUGAAGGACAGCGAGAAAAUGGUGCAAUGACACAUUAUCCAUUGAUUCAAAUGGAGAUGCUUUCAAUGAUCUGAAGAUUCUGUAAUGACAAAACCUAAUGCAUUCAGUGAGCCGGAGCCUUGACCUCUGCUGCUUAAAGUCAAGGUCAUCGCACAACUGUGAACAAUUGUUACAAGGGAACUGUACGGAUUCUCAAACUAAAAAUUGCUGAUGAUCUUUUGAAAUGGAUGAUUUUCAUACAUUUGGAACAACUGAAAUAUUUUUUAAAAAUAUUUGAUAACACCUGAUUCCUACUCUCUAGGAAUUUUACUUUAUUUCAAAAAUGACAAAAAGGUGUGACAAACCUAAUGGGCUAAAAGGAAAAAAUUCACUUGGUGCAGUAAUGAAAAUUUUAAGAAUUGGUUGAUAUUUAACUAUUUUAAUGAAGGAACCAAACCAGUGAAUGUAUUCGUAACAAACCAAGAUGUGUUGUCAGUUUGGCAUUUUUUUUUAGGUUUUGGAUGCAAUAACACAAAGGAUAAUUAAAGCCCAGAAAAUUGCACAGAUCUAUGGCUGGAAAAAUAGGUAUGGCUGGAAAAGACUUCAGGAAGAACUUAUCCAGUACCAACCAUAAUCCAGUCUGAGUGAACAGGCCUUUUGAUUCUAAUUCUGGAGACUGGGAAACAAUCUUAGACACUGAGUUAUUUUAUAACUCCAGUAUUUUGUAUGUGUGUGUAUAUAUGUGCAUCAAUGUAAAUACCUUAAAUAUUGUGUAUACAGUAUGACUCUCUCUUUUGAUAUCUUUUGUUUGCUUCCACAUCAAACCAAUCAAUGAAACAGAAAAUGUUAAUAGCAGGAAAAAUAUUCUUCCUCGAAGAAGGUUGUCCUUUCAAUGAACCUUAAUUUCACCUUUUUAACAUGUCCCUGGAAUCGGUCUUUCUUCAGUAACCCAUUUAUUUGUCUUUUUAUCCCAACUAAACUAAUGGGGUCUAUUGAAUUGUACAGCCUGAAACAAAAACACAAAUUGCCAGAGAAACUCAGCAGGCCUGACAGCAUCUCGGGGGAGAAAGCAGAAUUAACGUUUCUUUAUCAGAAUACAGUCUGUUCUUCAAAAGUACUUAUUUGAUUAUUCACUAUGUUGCAAUUUCCUUUCAUUACUAAAGUCUGCUGGUUCUCCCAUCCUUCUCCCAUACUAUCAUCUAGCAAAUUACUGUUACCUAUUAUUUUUUCCAUGGUCCAUAUCAAUCGGCCAUACAGUCAGCAUCCAAUAACGCCAACAGUUUAUUUGUGUUCACCAGUUUAAUUAUAUUGAAGUAAAUUGCUGCACUUGAAUCUCAGUUGCAUAAUGUAUUCCUCAUGCAGGAUUCAGAUGAUGUGCUGCACUGGAAGUGGAGAUAGAUGAGGAGUAUUAGAUAGGAGGCAGAAUGCAGAUAUUCUUGUAUAUUGGCAGUUCAUUCAACAUUCUGGAAACCUGGAAGACAUAAAGUAAAUUCUGUACUAACACUCCAUUUGCUUAAGUGGGCUAUCCCUUUGUCAAGUGUGUUUAUUUCAGAGUUUAACCAUAUAUGUUUGACUGAUCUAUUAACUUAUUCCAUAUAUCUAUUUAUUUCUGGAUUAUUCCCUGUAUACAUAGUGUUCCUUGUUUAGUCUAAUAAAAGGUUUAAACGUAUUAAGUGAGAA